GCUGCUGAUGCGAGGGGACGUUUUAAACUUCCCCCCUAUCCAUUGCCUGUGUACGCUCCCUGGGAGUUUGCGGCACUGCGAACGGUGCCCGCUGUGUCCUCUGGACACAGUGGAACACAGAUCACUGUACGGGUCCUCUGAUUGGCCAAUCAGUGAUCACAUGCAGAGUAGUAAGCAAGAUGUCACUUCUGACAUCAUUGCUUACUACGUGCGAAAUUUGUGAAUGAUCACAGAGGUCACAUGGUACAAGGCUAUUCACAACAGCCUUGUACCAUGUGACAAGCUGUGACAGCUCACACAGUA